GCAGCUGAGUGAACCGUGUGUGUGCGUGUGUGUGCGAGAUAGAGGGGGGACACCGGCAGGAAAACAAAGACCACAUCCUCAUCACUGGGAUCAACAACAAAGGUCCAGUGUGUAGCAUCAGUCCCGGAUCAAGUCCACCAUCCUUAGGAUUAAAAUAAACAGAACUGUGUGUCGACAGGAUACAGGAAAGGAUUGGUGUUUAAAACAGAAGCGACGUGUGGAAACGUGUGUGUUUAAAGUCGGCAGGUACGUGAUUUAUCCUGGAAGACUUGGAUUCGGUUUCUUUCUAUGAAGGAUUUAAUCUGGACCCUGGAUGUCUAACAGCAGUGAACCCACACACAGUCUAUAGGAUGAAGCUGGGAAACUCUUCCGUGGAGUGACCGUCUGCUCCAGCUCCAUGCUCCGUGGUUAUUUCCUGCUCGUAGUAUCAUGUCGACUCUGGAAGCAUCGCAACCUCCUCCCAAACCUGAACUUAAACAGAAACCUAUAAUCCCCUCCAAACUCAACACAAACACCUCAGACACACCGCUCACAGACAAGGACACGCUGAAUAAAAACAGCGGGAAAGUUCAUGAAAUCGUCACCAAGUUUAACCAUCAUGAUGUUAAGCCUCCUGCUUUGUGUCCUGCGAGUGAAUCUGAACCUAAAAAGAAAGCGAAGCUAGCGCCUACAGUCAGACCAAGACUUAAAACCAGGACUCUUCCUCAGGCCGAGGCUGAACGGCCACCACCGCUGCCCCUGAAGAGACGCCAGUCCCUGAGAAAAGACACGGAGCAGAACUCAGCCUCAGGAGACGCCACAGAUGGUACACGAUCAGCCCCGGAUGGAAAAGAGGUGGAGCAGCAGGGCGCGAGGUGGAGGUCAGAUCAGGAACCGAGCUGUGAGAAGAACUGCACUUGUGUGUGUCACUUGCAGCGUCCUGGCAUGAAGCUGGUGUGGGUGCAGAUAUCCGAGAAGCAGGACGAGGAAGGGAAAGAGGAGCUCAAACAUUCGGACGAAGAAUUGGUCCCUGAGGAAUCGAGCGAGAGCGAAGUCGAUGAACCAGAUUCAGAGCUGUAUGAGAGCGUGUCUUCAGAGUCAGAUUACAGCCUGAACGAAUCCCAGGACAACAGAAGAAGCAACUUCAAGGCGACGCUGAAUAUCAUCGAGCGACAGCUGAGGAGGAAAUCCGACCCCGGUCCCGAGGCUGUGCUUAAAUCUAUCAACUCUCUGCCUCCGCACCUCAAUAAGACCCACUCCGCGUCAGAGGAGGAGUCCAUUUAUGAAGCCACGAUUGAUUUGAUAACUCCUUGCAAACAAACAAUGGAGAAAAAUUUUACCGUGCCUGAAAUCCAACUGAAUAAAUAUCCUCCUGCCGUUCCACCUCGAAUGCCUCUGCAUAAACCCAAAGGUCGAUGCAUUCCCAGAAGAGUUCCUCUACUGCCACUUCCAGGAGCAUCCCAAAUGCCAAAGCUGUCCUCCGCAGAUAACGGAUCUGGCGAUCGCCUGCAGCCGGUUCGUCCUCCGCCGCUUCCUCCAGCCAGAACCUCCAACGACAGACGCCUGAGCAACCUCAAUCUGAUAAGUAAAGCAGGUGAAGAUGAUCAGAGCAGUGGUGGAGAUGCUGAAAACAAGGAGCCAAGACGCUCUGCUGCACUCUCUCGACAGAAGUCGGUUGAUAUGGAGGCUCAUAUGCCAGAAGAGCUACUGUACCAGAUUUACACUGCAACCUUCAUAUCGAAGGAGAUCCGUCGGCAGACGGUGUGUCGUAGCAUCAGUAAGACGAGCGCUGAUUACCCGAUGGAUCACGGACCCCCGCGGAUCAGCACCAGCUCGGGCUCGGGUGCUGAAGGUCCGAGAAGCAGUCCUGUAUCUUCUCAGAUGACGUUGUGGCAGGACCAACCUACUGUCCGAGAGAGCGGCAUCCUGAACACCAUCACGCCAGAUGAAGUCAAAUACCAGGAGAGCAUGUUCGAGGUUUUGACAUCAGAAGUGUCGUACUUGCGUUCCCUGCGUGUCCUGACCGACCAUUUCAUGGAGUCACGAGAACUCAAUGAGAAUCUUAUUAACCGAGACAAGAAAACUCUCUUCUCCAACAUCCUGCGCAUCCGAGAAGUCAGUGAGAAGUUUCUUAAGGACCUGGAGGACCGGCUGGAUGAAAAUGUUCUCCUCACUGAUAUCUGUGAUAUCAUUAAUUAUCACGCACAGCACAACUUCCCUGCAUACAUCGACUACGUUCGGAACCAGAUUUACCAGGAGAAGACCUUCAGCUCGCUUAUGCAGACUAACGCAGCCUUUGCGACGGUGAUCGCUCAUCUGCAGGAGUCUCCCAUAUGUCAGCGACUGCCCUUUUCAUCCUUUCUUCUUCUGCCAUUCCAGAGAAUCACACGCAUCAAGAUUCUUACCGAGAACAUCUUGAAGAGAACCGCAGAGGGCACCAAACAAGAAGAGAUUGCCUCCAAAGCUCUGGAUGCUGUGUCCAAGAUUAUAGAUGAGUGUAACACCCAGGUUGGGAAGAUGAAACAGAUGGAGGAGCUCAUAGACAUCAACAAGACGCUGGAGUUUGACAAGCUGAAGGCCGUGCCAAUCAUCUCACAGAACCGUUUCCUGGAGAAACGAGGAGAGCUGCAGGAGAUGGCCAAAGGUGGAACCCUGUUCCAUCUCAAGUCCAAGCUGACUCCAGUCUACCUCUUCCUCUUCAAUGACCUGCUCGUCUUAGCCACCAAGAAAGGCUCAGAGCGCUAUGUGGUGAUGGACCACGCCCACCGCUCGCUGGUGCAGGUUCAUGCUAUGGGAGAGCAAGCGAUCGGAAUGAAUCUGGAGAACUGCUUCUGCCUCACGCUGCUGGAGAACCAUCAGGGACGCAUGAUGGAGAGGCUCUUAAAAGCCCCAUCUGAGUCUGAUAUGCACAGAUGGCUGGCAGCGUUUCCCAACCCUGAGGAUCCAAACCAAGAGGAGGAGGUCAUAUAUGAAGACUGGGACUGUCCACAGGUGCAGUGUGUACAGCAGUACGUAGCCACGCAGGCUGAUGAGUUAAAUCUGGAUCCUCCAGAGAUCAUCAAUGUCAUCCGCAAAACCAACGAAGGAUGGUACGAGGGGAUUCGUCUGUCCGACGGUCAGAAAGGCUGGUUCCCUGUCAAGAACGUUCUGGAAAUCACAAGCGAGCACAUGCGACGGCGGAACCUGCGAGAGCGAUACCGCGUCAUUCAGGCGGCCUGCGCCAUCACCAACAAGACAAAGACUGGCUCAUGACCGCGAAACACAUACACACUCACAUAUAUACACACAUACACACACAUGGACAACUUUGAUUUUUUUUUUUUUUUACUGGACAUUCAAAAGAAAAAGAAGAAUAGAUGAUCAGUUAUGAUUUCUUUUAAGCAUCACACUGCAGUACAGAGAUGUCAUCAAUGUCAUCAAUCCCUGUCUUAUUAAAACAUCUGCCUUUUACACCA